CAGUAUAAAACCUGGAAGUCUGACGUCAGCGGCCUCUUCCCUGCCUAUGCCCCUGUAAGGAAGGCAGUGUAAAGUUUCCUGUCUCUUCUCCAGCAAGAGAAUCCGAAACCAUCCGUCAAAAUGGUGAACUUUACCGUAGACCAGAUCCGUGGCAUCAUGGACAAAAAGGCCAACAUCCGAAACAUGUCUGUGAUUGCGCACGUGGACCAUGGAAAGUCAACGCUGACGGAUUCACUGGUGUCCAAAGCUGGCAUCAUUGCCUCUGCCCGUGCUGGAGAGACACGUUUCACCGACACGCGCAAAGAUGAACAGGAACGUUGCAUUACCAUCAAGUCUACAGCCAUCUCCCUGUACUAUGAGCUCAGUGAAAACGACAUGGCUUUCAUCAAGCAGAGCAAGGACGGCCGUGGUUUCUUGAUCAACCUGAUCGACUCACCGGGCCACGUGGACUUCUCCUCUGAAGUGACCGCCGCUCUCCGUGUCACUGAUGGAGCCCUGGUUGUGGUUGACUGUGUCUCUGGUGUGUGUGUACAAACGGAGACCGUGCUCCGUCAGGCCAUCUGUGAGCGCAUCAAGCCUGUGCUGAUGAUGAACAAGAUGGACCGUGCCUUACUGGAGUUGCAGCUGGAACCAGAAGAUCUUUACCAGACAUUCCAGCGAAUUGUGGAGUCUGUCAAUGUUAUCAUUUCCACCUAUGGAGAGGAUGAAAAUGGACCAAUGGGUAACAUCAUGGUUGAUCCGGUCAUUGGAACCAUCGGCUUCGGUUCUGGCCUGCACGGUUGGGCUUUCACUCUGAAGCAGUUUGCUGAGAUGUACGCGGCCAAAUUUGCUGCCAAGGGCAACAGCCAGAUGACUGCAGCUGAGCGCUGCAAGAAGGUGGAAGACAUGAUGAAGAAAUUGUGGGGUGACAGAUACUAUGACAGCGAAAAUGGAAAGUUUGUCAAAAGCGCUAUUGGCGCUGAUGGCAAGAAGUACCCCCGCACCUUCUGUGCUCUUGUCCUGGACCCCAUCUUCAAGGUGUUUGAUGCCAUCAUGAACUUCAGGAAGGAUGAAGCAGCUAAGCUCAUCCAGAAGAUGGAUGUCAAGUUGGACAACGAAGACAAGGACAAGGAGGGCAAGCCUCUCCUGAAGGCCGUGAUGCGCCGCUGGCUGCCUGCUGGAGAAGCUCUUCUGCAGAUGAUCACAAUCCACCUGCCUUCCCCGGUCACUGCUCAGAAGUACCGCUGUGAGCUGCUCUAUGAGGGACCAGGAGACGAUGAAGCUGCAAUGGGUAUCAAGAACUGUGACCCCAAAGCUCCACUCAUGAUGUACAUCUCAAAGAUGGUCCCCACUAGUGACAAGGGUCGCUUCUAUGCAUUUGGUCGUGUGUUUUCUGGGUCCGUUUCCACAGGCCUGAAAGUACGCAUCAUGGGACCAAACUUUGUCCCAGGAAAGAAGGAGGAUCUGUACCUGAAGCCCAUCCAGAGGACCAUUUUGAUGAUGGGUCGUUACGUUGAACCCAUUGAAGAUGUGCCUUGCGGAAACAUUGUGGGUCUGGUUGGAGUGGACCAGUACCUCGUCAAAACGGGAACAAUCACCACCUUUGAGCAGGCUCACAACAUGAAGGUGAUGAAGUUCAGCGUCAGCCCUGUGGUGAGAGUUGCAGUGGAGGCAAGGAACCCCGCAGACCUGCCCAAGCUGGUGGAGGGCCUGAAGCGUCUGGCCAAGUCUGACCCCAUGGUGCAGUGUAUCAUCGAGGAGUCCGGAGAGCACAUUGUUGCAGGAGCAGGAGAGCUGCACCUGGAAAUCUGCCUCAAGGAUUUGGAAGAAGAUCACGCUUGCAUUCCAAUCAAGAAAUCUGACCCGGUGGUGUCCUACAGAGAGACAGUCAGCGCAGAAUCUAGUGUCAUGUGUCUGUCAAAGUCACCCAACAAGCAUAACCGUCUGUUCAUGAAGGCCCGUCCCUUUGAAGAUGGUUUGGCAGAAGACAUCGACAAGGGUGAAGUGACCUCCCGGCAGGAGCUCAAGGCCCGCGCCCGCUACCUCGCCGACAAAUACGAGUGGGAUGUCGGUGAGGCCAGAAAGAUCUGGUGCUUCGGACCUGACGGAACUGGACCCAACAUGCUGGUGGACGUGACCAAGGGAGUUCAGUACCUUAAUGAGAUCAAGGACAGCGUCGUGGCUGGGUUCCAGUGGGCGGCCAAGGAAGGAGUUCUGUGUGAAGAGAACAUGCGCGGCAUCCGCUAUGACAUCCAUGAUGUGACCCUGCACACAGACGCCAUCCAUCGCGGCGGCGGCCAAAUCAUCCCCACAGCCCGCAGAGUCUUGUAUGCCUGUCAGCUGACAGCAGAUCCCAGAAUGAUGGAGCCGGUCUACCUGGUGGAAAUCCAAUGCCCUGAGACUGCGAUGGGUGGGAUCUACGGUGUGUUGACCAGGAGACGUGGACACGUGUUUGAGGAGUCCAGGGUCAUGGGAACACCCAUGUAUGUCAUUAAGGCCUACCUGCCUGUCAUGGAGUCAUUUGGCUUCACAGCUGACCUGCGUUCCAACACCGGUGGCCAGGCCUUCCCACAAUGCAUGUUCGACCACUGGCAGAUCCUCCCAGGAAACCCCAUGGAGCCCACAUCCAAGCCUGGUGUUGUUGUCACGGAUACACGCAAACGUAAAGGUCUCAAAGAAGGCGUCCCAGCUUUGGACAACUACCUGGACAAAUUGUAGUGCACCGCUCUUCGCCAUUCCUCCAUUCCCACAUUAUUUGUUUAUCAUUUGGGACCGGACUGUACAGAACAGCAAAUACUCAAGAAAGCCAAAAAGAUCAGAAAAUAAACACAAAAAUUGUAAACGAUAAAUAAAACAUUUAAAAAUCCA